CGCCCUAUAACAACCUCAUUCCUUCCCCAAGUUUUCAGCUGCCGCAUAGGACGGGUUUAGAGGUUCUUCCUCUCGUCGAGGAAGAGUCGAGCCGACCUCGUCAGAUCACUACAGGAUCUGAUCGAUACAGACCUCCCUAACACAACUUCAAAGCAAAAAUCAAAAAUCUCAAUUUACAACCCUCGAUAUUCUCGAGGAUAUGUCACCUUCCGCCAUCCAAUCCCUUGAAACCAUACCAAGUCUUACGAGUGUUCAUUCAUUCUUUGAGAAUUCGAAGAAUAACUAUGUCGAGCACAACAAUUAUGGCGUGAAUACACCAAAGAAGUUGAUAGGAGAUGCUUUGAAGGGGAGAAUUGAAAGUAUCGAUCAUAAUGUCUGCGAGGCAGGCGAAGAAGAUACCUUCUUCGUAGCUGAUCUCGGCGAGGUCUACCGGCAACACAUGAGGUGGAAGUUGAAUCUACCCCGCGUUAAGCCUUUCUAUGCUGUCAAAUGCAACCCCGACCCCCAGGUCAUCCGCCUCCUUGCAGAGCUGGGCACGGGCUUUGAUUGCGCCUCCAAGGCCGAAAUCGAACAAGUCCUCAAGAUGGACGUUGAUCCAAGUCGUAUUAUAUAUGCACAACCUUGCAAGACAAAUUCUUACGUGCGCUACGCGAAAGACCACGGAGUCAAGCAAAUGACAUUCGACAACACCGAUGAGCUUUAUAAGAUCAAGAAGCUGUUCCCGGGAGCUGAGCUUUUCCUUCGCAUUUCUACCGAUGAUUCCUCUAGCUUGUGCCGCCUCAGUCUUAAGUUUGGAGCUGCCAUGGAUGUCACCGAUGAGCUCCUCGCUCUUGCCAAGGACCUUGAGCUGAAUGUUGUUGGUGUCAGUUUCCAUGUUGGCUCUGGAGCAUCCGACCCUCUUGCUUUCCUCAAAGCAGUUCAAGAUGCACGCACCGUCUUUAACCAAGCCGAAGCCUAUGGAUUCAACCUACACACACUCGAUGUAGGCGGUGGCUUCACUGGCGAGACUUUCGAGGCAAUGGCUGCUGUCCUUCGAGAUGCAUUGGACGAGUACAUGCCAUCUCACAUCAAUAUCAUCAGCGAGCCAGGCCGCUAUUACGUCUCCUCAGCCUUCACUCUUGCUUGCCACGUCAUUGCACGCCGUACAAUCGAGGAUCCAUCUCGCGGCGAGAAGAGCUACAUGCUGUACCUUAACGACGGGCUCUACGGCAAUUUCUCUAGCAUCAUGUUUGACCACCAACACCCCGUCACUCAAGUUCUUCGCACAGGUGACCACACCUACUACGACACUAUUGAUAGCCAUGCUUCUACCGAUGGCAUCGAGUACUCAAUCUGGGGGCCAACCUGCGAUGGCAUUGACCGCAUUGCUGAGAGCAUUCGCUUUGAUCACAAUCUUGAUGUUGGCGACUGGCUCUAUUUCCAGGACAUGGGCGCUUACACCAAGUGCUCUGCUACGAGAUUUAACGGUUUCAGUGACGCACAUGACGUUAUUUAUGUUGCAUCCGAGCCUGGGGCUAGAGCUUUGUUGGGUCUGUAGGAGAAGGCGACUAAAAAUGGGGUUCGAGACUUACAGUAUCGAUGCUGAGAGAUAAGAAUACAAGUUUUUUCUGCUUUUCAUUUGAUUUUCAGUUUAGAUUUCUAUUCUGCAUUGAGGUCUGCACACGGAAGAUGAAAAUGGGGAAGACGUGCAUGUGAGAAUUAGAUUUCGCGCCACAAUUGUAGAGGUCUUCAGACUGAUAUACGCGCAUACAUUCGUUUGGUAGCAAUGAAGUACAUAGAAGCGAG